AUGAAUUUCUCUCUAGAGGACUCCCAGAACGCUGCUCCCGGACUGCCCACCAUGGCUGAACAGAACAAGCUCAACGUCGCCCCUCGAAAAGCAGACACCCAAAGUGUCACCAAGCGUCUCCAAUCUGAGCUCAUGACACUCAUGAUGUCUCCUACACCCGGUAUAUCCGCCUUUCCCGACGCCGAUGGGAACAUGCUGCACUGGACCGCCACCAUCGUCGGUCCCAAGGACACACCCUACGCAGACCUCAACCUCAAACUUAGCUUCGAGUUCCCUGGCAACUAUCCCUACAGUCCUCCCGUGGUACUCUUCAAGACGCCGAUCUACCAUCCCAACAUUGACUUUAGCGGCCGCAUAUGCCUGGAUAUUUUAAAAGACAAGUGGAGCGCAGUUUACAACGUCCAGACGGUCUUACUGAGCUUGCAGAGUCUUUUGGGUGAACCAAACAAUGCUAGUCCAUUGAACAAUGAAGCCGCGCAGCUCCAUCAGAAGGAUGCCGAGGAAUACCAGCGAAAGGUGCUGGCACGUCACCAGGAGAUUGACGACUAA